CCCAACGGCCCCAACGGCCCUAACGGCCUCAUUGGCCGCUUGGCCGGGGCUCGCUUCCCCGCGCUCGGGGGGCUGCGAGCGGUGCCGGUGCCGCCGCCGCCUCGCACCAGGGGGAUGGAGGACUUCAGGAGGAUCGCCGAUGAGACCUUUCCGAGCUUCCUGGGCAGUUCCCUGAACAGCAGCGCGGGCGUCGCCUUUGGGAAUGUCACGGUUUCCUCAAACCCCCCCGGCCUGCCUGUUGCGGCUUCGACUGUCGCCAAGAGUAAAACGGGCUGUGACAACAGGCUUUCUGAUAUCCGGGCAUCUUAUAUAGAAGAAGGGAAGCAGUCACCUCCGUCACGAUCUCCUGAUGGCAGUCAGUCAGAUCCUGAGCCUAUGGAGAGAUUUGCCCUCAGCUUUCUUGAUGACCUUGAAGUUGCUACUCAAGUUAAAGAACCUCAACCUGCUAGUGUUAGCCUGAAAGAAUCCUACUCGAUAUAUGGCGACCAAGGCCAGGAUGUCAGUGAGCACUCAAAUCACCGUCAAGAUACCUUACUUGAUUUGUUACCACUUGAACAAUUGGAAGAUUUGCCAACUGGAAUAUGUUUUCUUCCAGACAUUAAGAAUAACAAGGUUGGUCCAUCUGAACCUUCUGAAAAGCUGGCAGAAGGUGAAACCUCAAGCGAUCAUCUUAGCAAUAGCCUUUCAAGUUUUUUGGAAAAUGAGAAACUCUCAUCUCUUACAAGCUUAGAAGGAGAUUCCACUGAUGAUGAUAUUGAUGAUGAAGAGUUCUUCGAUAACCAGCUGGAAGCCUAUUUUGAACAGCUGAUACCACCAGAAAUAGCAAGAGGAGACAUCAACAUAGAGAAACUUUCAGAGUGCUGCACAGCACUGAAGCUGUCUGAAAAUGGCUUGCUUCAAGAGGACUUUCGGGUUCCUGAUGCUUAUCAGGUGGUGACAGGAGCAGACUCUGGAAAUGCUAGUGAUGAAGAUUCACAAAAUCAAGGGAUAGCUGGAUGUCCAGAGCAAAGAGAGGUGCUCCCCAGAGCAGUAAGGCAACUGAAUUCCAUGACUAGUGGAGAUGCACUAGAUUCCCGCAGUGCUGCUGAGUUGCGAUUGGAUUCACUGUACCUUCAGUGCAUGGACAGCCAUGAAGCUGAUGUCACGGGUGCUCUUUCAAAGCAAGAAAUGCAAUCCUCUUCUGAGUGUCAGACUGCUGCUUCUGAUGCAGAUGUACUACAUCCAGCAAAAGCAAUUUCAGAGCCCUACACCACUCCUAAAAUUCCUCUUAGUGCAAAUGCACCUGGAACAGAUGCAGAUUCAGCUGAAUGUGAAGUUGGUCUUGCUGAUGCUUACCUGUCUCCAGCUGCAGACAGCUGUGAGAACACGAGUUUAUCUCCAACAGACAAAGGUGAUAUACCACAUAGCAUUGUUUAUCAAAAUGAAGAAGGCAAGUGGGUGACUGAUCUUGCUUAUUAUACUUCAUUUGAUGAAGAACAAGAUUUAAAUCUGUCUGAAGAUGAUAAAAUAGAUGAAGACUUCAUAACUGGAUCUGAAGCAGCAGCAAUGAUUGCACAAGACCAGGAAGAAUUUGAGAAAGCACACAGACUUGUGCAGGCAGAAAAAGCAGACAUUCUAAAUGCAUCUGAAAUAGCAGACUCCUCGUGGAAAUCUGCCAAUAGCUGCAUUCUACUGAGAACAUCUGAACUUAACAGAGAUGCCAGUUAUUUACGUUUGUCUUUGGGAGAGUUCUUUGGUCAGAGGUCUGAAGCUCUGGGUUGUCUUGGUGGAGGCAGUGAUGUGAAACGGCCAUCUUUUGGUUACCAUAUUACAUCUCCGAAGAAAAGGGAACCUGUCGCUUUGCUAAGACAAUCUGAUGUAUCAGGAUGUGACACUGUCCAAGAAACUUCACAGCUUUCUGAAGUGUUUACAGGAGACUUGGAAACACAAACAAAAGACCAUGGAAAUUCUACCAGCUGUGAAGGUGCAUGGCAUAGGAUGGACACUGCAGCUGGAAUACAAAAAAGCAUUAGUACAGAAGCAGCUACCCAAAGUAACCCAAAGGGUGAAAUUUGUGAGGACAAGUUUGAAGGUGGCUUAUGUAAUCAUUCUGAUUCUGUCCUGAGUAUUAGCACAAUUGCAUCCGCUAUUGCGAAUGCUUCCUGCAGUGCUGAUCCUACCCAGCUAGCUGCUAUGAUGAUGACACUCUCAACUAAAAAUAAAAAAACAUGUUUCCUUCCUGGGGUUAUUAAAGAGAUGGAACUCUCUGCUAAUCACGCAUUAUCUAACAAUGUGGAAAACAGUGCAUUUGAUAUGGAAAAAUACCUUAGAAAGACAGAUGAGCUUGGACAUGAAAGUGAAUAUGAGAGCGUCGUGAAACACGACGCAUCUGUCCAGAACCUUAUGACUGAUGGCUCUUUACUUAGUAAAGUUAAAAAUAAAGAUGCUCUUCUAGAAGACUUGUUAAAUGAUCAAAAUGAGCAGCAAGAAAUAGAUAAGCGAUUUCUGGAUCAUUUUCAUGCAGAAAAUGAUACUGAGAAUAUCUGUAAUCCAUCUGAUGUUUCCAACCAUGAAGACAGGACUACAAAUAGUGUAAAAUGUUCAGAAAAGUUGACAGAUUUAUUAAAUAGUAAACAUUCACGGUCUUUAAGUGCUGACCUUACAUCAGAUACGCUUGGUACGUGCUCACCUACAAGAAAUGAUGCACAGACAUGUGGAACUCCUUUAUCAGCAAAAAUAGAAAUGUCACAGAGAAGUCUGUUUGCUCACCAGACUGACAGUCUUACUAGCAGAUGUUGUACCAGGGAAGAUGCAGAAACAGAUCAAGCAACAAAUGCUGUUCCUGAACCGCUUAAUGAUUUGGAGAGAAGUACAGGAAACACUGUGUCACUCAGCAACUUAAAACCUGCCAAACAAUCUGGUAAAUAUGUCUUAGUAAGUCCUACAAAAGCAAAGCCUGUGCAGAAAUUGAACACAGAUGAGAAGAAGCGAAGUCCAAAAAUAGAGAAGAGAAACAAAGAGGCCAGUACUGCUUGCAGCGGGAAUGUGAAACAUGUAACUUUUGAGAAGCUCUCCCUGACUUCCCAGAAUAGUACUGAACAUCAACCCAUUCUUCCUGAAUGUGACUUGCAACCUUUAGAGGAUGAGCAGUAUAGCUUCAGACCUUCCACUUCGCCCCUCAUACACUCUUCUCCUAGUGAUGCUUCUGGAACAGCAUUUUCAGGGUCUGAAGCUGAUUUUACUUGUACAUCGCAUUAUCCAAAAUCUCCUUGCAAGGAGAGUACACUACCUCAGUCAGUUUAUUCAAGCCCGAGCAUGAGCAGAUUAACAUAUGUGUCUGCAUCUGACAGUACACUUAAAAACACAGCUGUAACGCGUGAUCCACAGACACACUGGAAUGAAAAUGCAAGUGCACUUAGUACAACAAUAAUUCGAGCCAGCCCAACACCUUCACAGGAACAUGCCAAUGAAAAUGUAGAAGACUACUUGUGCCAGAGAAACGGAAAAGGAGUGCUGUUUAGUGUUGAUGGGAAAUCAGAAGAAAACGAUCUUGCAGCUAUUAAAAGAAAACUUGAAGAUGAAGUACAGGGCCAAGAACUGUCCAAGGAAGGUUUACCAAGGAAUGAAAAGCCGCUUGCAUCUAUUGCUUCAAAUGUAGCAGCAAAUCAUAGAGAGUUAGACCCCGUUAAAUCAGCUUUGUCAAGUAAAUUUUGCAGCUUUGAGCCACUUUCUGUAAAUGUUGAUGCAGAAGUGUGGCAGGAUCAUACAAACAAAGCACAGAGACAAGGAUUACCAUCCUUAAAUGUAUUACCUGUGUUUCCUGGCUUAAGAACUUAUAUUCCAUUAAAUCAAAACUCAUCUGGUGAACAGUAUAUUCCUAUUUCAAGCUUUAAACCCCAUGUCGCAACCUCUGAAAGCCAAGCAAUUUCUUCUGUUCCCACGUUGCUUACAGGACGUUCUCUUGCCACGACUCCAUUUGUACAACAGCAUCUGGGAAAUAUGCCAUCUACUGGAAGUACAGUUCUGUCUCAGUUUCAUGGCUGCAGCUCUGCAGGUUUUGGUCUUCCAGCAGGGCUUCCUUGCUCUACUAUCCCAGCAGGACAUGUAGAGAAUCCAGUUCCAGUAGGAAUUCCUUUGGGUUCAAAUCUUGGUCCUGGCUCUUUGGGUGCAGCUUCGCUUUGUAAUCCACAUUCUGCUUCCUGGAACAAGAACAUCUUAAACCUAAAAUCAUUUGCUGGACAACCUCUUGGAACUAGUAGAAAAGAGUGGGACUUUUCGAUGUCACCUGGUCUUGGACAUGUAAAGGUACCAGAAGAGCUGAAGUUCCCUAAUGCCUGUUGUGUGGGAAUUGCCUCACAGACUGCUCUUAGCAUCUUUAAUCCAACUGAACGGUGGCUGCAGGUCAGCAUUGGAAUACUCAGUAUUUCAGUAAAUGGGGAAAAGGUGGAUCCUGCGAAAUAUCAAUGUCUUGUGUUCAAGAACAAAACAAUCAUAGGACCCCAUUCUACUGAUGACCUGAAAAUACUUUUCCUACCUUGUCAUUCGGGGAUCUUUCAGUGUAUUCUCAGUGUUUCAUCUUGGCCAGUUUCUGCAGAUGCUGAGACAAUCGUUCAGGCAGAAGCUUUGGCAAGUAGGGUAGUUCUGACAGCAGUUGCUGAAAAUCCUCAUUUAGAAGUGGAAACAGGAAAACAAGAUUAUCUGGAUUUUGGUGACUUGACUUCUGGCAGUUGGAAGGCUCUUCCACUAAAACUUACCAACAAAACCCAUGCUUUUGUGCCAAUUAGACUGAUUAUUAAUGCAAAUGCAGUAGCUUGGCGUUGCUUCACAUUUUCCAAGGCACCAGUUAAUCCUCCUAGUGAGCAGUCACUCCAAAUGGAUACGGUUUCUCAGAUAUCAGCUCCAUCAGUUGUAAAUCAUGUGAUCCAUGCAAGUUACGAUGGACAAGAUCCUGAAGCUCUAACUGUUUGGGUUCUCUUCCAUGCACCUAAGAAACAAAUUUCUUGUUCAGAUCCCUUGGGUCCAGCGGAUGAGUUCUUGGCAAGAGUUGAUGUGGAAUUGGAUAGUCCGGGACCUAGCAGUGUGAUUAAAAGUAUUCCUCUUCGAGCAAGAGCUGGAACAGCAAGGAUACAUGCUCCAAAGGACUUACAGACAAUACGUCUGUCUGCUACUGUGGGUUCAACAGCCAAACAGCAGCUGCCAUUGAAAAAUGCUGGAAACAUUGGUGUAUACUUGAAAGUUAAGACAUCAAAUCAGGACAGUUGCUUUGCUGUUGAACCAGGCAAUCUCUUCCUUCUUCCUGAAGAAGAACGAGAAGUGACUGUGAUAUUUUCUCCAAAAACCGUAACGUCUAUACAAAGUGUUUUGAAAAUCCUUGUUCUGCCAUCUGGGCCUCAGUAUGAAGUGGUGAUGAAAGGUGAGGUGGAGUAUGUGGAAAAUAGACCUGUGUCUACAACUGCCAGCUGCUCAGACAUCCCACCCAUCCUCUCCAACAAGCAGUUCAUUGCUUGGGGAGGAGUAAAACUUGGAGGAUCAGUCCAGCAGAAGUUAACUCUAAGAAAUAACUCUCCGUCUGUGACUCAGCAUUUAAGACUGGUGAUAAGAGGCCAGGAUCAGGACUGCUUUCAGCUGCAAAGUAUAUUUGGAUCAGAAGAGCGCCUAACUAGUAGUUGGGAACUCAAAAUCCGUCCCAAAGAAGACACUAAUAUAUACUUGAUGUUUACACCUACUCGUGUAACUUACUUCUUUGCAAAGCUGGAAAUCAAACAGCUGGGGAUUCGAUCACGGCCAGGAAUCAAGUUUACUAUACCUUUAUCUGGUUAUGGAGGAACUAACAACGUAAUUUUAGAAAGUGUUAAGAAACUAUCAGACAGUUACAUGUUAACACUGGAUGGAUUGUUGCCUUCAAGAUUAAGUACAGUUUCCUUCCACAUAAGAAAUACAGGUUCUCGGGCUGCUUAUGUUAAAGCAUUGUGCUUUGCAAACCUACAGACAAAAACAGUUAUGGAUCCUCAGGUAAUGAUGGUGUCUCCAGAGAAGUUCGUACUAAGAGAAGGAACAUACAAAGUGAUUACUGUAACAUGGAAUCCCAUGGAAAAGGAAAAUAACUUACUUAGAGCAAAGACAUUGUUAUCAACAGUGUGUUUUUUCUGUGGAGAUGAAAUUUCCAGGCAGCAGUAUCGUAGAGCUAUGAUGUGUGAACUUGAGGUAGCAAAACACAUAGUCCCUGAAAACAGCAUAUUGAGAAACGUUGUAUUUGAUGAAGAAUUUCAAGGGGAACAGCUUGUGACAGAAGUGUGCGAUAUCCCACGGGGGACAAGUGACAUCCGUCUUUUCUACGCAAAUAUGCGAAAAGUCAUCCUUACUGUGGUUGGAUGUUUCGUUUUUGAUCGGGAUGGUUUCCAGCAAUCUCCUGGACGUCAUCUGGAAUCAAACAGAUCUGAGAACUCUGUCAGACAUAUCAAUGCAACUUUGGAUGUUCUUCCCGUUAAAGGGCCUCAGGGUCCUCCAUUACCUGUAAAAACUGAUGAUCUUAUUCAGAAUCAAGUAGAUGUUCAACAGACUUGGGCUGUUAAGCCUGAACACUUGAUUUUGACAUCUCCUUCUGUCAGUGGAACAGCUGAUACCGGGCAUGUGCAAAUUGUCAACCAUUCUAAUAGGAUGCUGACAUUUGAGCUUUCAUGGCCAGCUCACUGCCUUACUAUAACCCCACAACAUGGAGUUAUUGAACCAGAGAGCCGUACACUAAUUCUGGUGAGUCCUAAUCCAUCACUUGCCACGAAGCCUUCUGUAAUUCCUUGGAGUGGGCUAAUCUAUAUCCAUUGUGAUAACGGACAAAAAUUUAUUAAAGUGCAGAUUCGAGAGGAGAAUGUACAAGAUGUGCCUGGAGCAGGCUCUCCAUCUAGAAGACGGGAUAUAUUUACUCUACAGUCUGCAAGUCCUACUGUUCAUGUGGCAAAACCUCUCUCAGCGCUUCCUUUAACAAAAAUGGAAAUAAAGAACAGAUCUGUUCUGUUUCCUAAAACAAGAGCUGGUGAAAGCUCAGAGAGUUACCUGGAAAUGGAGAAUAAGGGGGAUGAAAAUGUGAGGUGGAAUUUGUCGUCAUUUACACCACCUUAUGUUAAAGAUGUGGAUGGAACUGAUUCUGUUUAUAGGGUUACUUACUCUGCUUUCAGAUGUUACCGCGUUUCUGGUACUCUUGAAGCUCAUGGAAAAGAAAAGGUUGCUCUAAUAUUUUUACCUAGAGACAGUGGGGAUUACUCCCAGUUUUGGGACCUUGAGUGUCACCCUGUUGAGAAACCUAGUUGGAAACACAAACUAAGAUUUCAGCUUUCUGGAAUAGGUACUAAAACUGAAAAUAAAACUGCAAUUGUGAAAGCUUCCACAGAUACGGUCAUAGGAACUGGGCUUCCAGUUAUACCAGAAAGGAAGGUUUACUCUGAAGCACCUACAAUUAAAGCAGGAUCGAGUGACAUAACUCGAGGGGUAUAUGCACCAGAAGACCUGUAUACUUUUCCUCUAACUAGAGUUGGGGAAUCACGCACAUUAAAAGUCAACUUGCGAAAUAAUUCCUUUAGAACACACUUGCUGACGUUCUUGAGUCCCAAAGAGCCUUUCUACAUCAAGCACUCGAAAUACUCUCUAAGAUCCCAUCAUUACAUCAACGUGCCAGUCCAGUUCAAGCCACCUGCAGAAGGCAUAUUUGAAGCUCUCUUGGCCGUGUAUACGUCCAAAUAUGGCUAUGUUAAUAUUCGACUAUGUGGUAAAGCUGUCGCAAAAGACUAGUCAGAACAGUUUUACAGCCAUUUAUAAUAAUUUAUAACAGUUCAUGCAAUUUAAAAUAUUGAAGGAUUUGCUACUACAUUUCCAUACUAACUUCCUACUUGUUUUGCCCUGUGAUGCUGCUUUGACAGAAAGUCUUCUUUAAGAUGAAUUAUGGUGCUUGUUCUACAAGUAUAUUUUCAUAGUAAAAACACUGAGAAAUAUCAUUGUAUGUUUUAAAGUUAUCAUGUUCUAACUUAUGUUUCUGCACUUUUGUUGAAGAGGGAAGUUUUCUAUUUUUGCAUUUAUUAGGACUAGUUAGAUAAGAUUGUAUUUUAUUUUUAGCAUUGUAAAUACAGAAAUAAAGUGUGUUAACCGUUGAUUCCA